AUGUCAGAAGUCAGCGGCCCCGAUAUCCCCGACACCCCGGGCACCCCAAGCGGCGCCGAUGGCCCUGGCGGUCCCGAUGGCCCCGAUGGUCCUGAUGACUCCGUUGGUGGCCCGGUAGGCGAGUCCCUGAUGAAGACGUUGCUCGAGGAGACUCGAAUCCCCGCGCAGCGCAACAUUGACCAGUUCUGGGACCGGUUCAUCACGCGAGCUCCGGGAAAGGCUGUGCCCAAGACCGUCCCCGGGCCCCCCACCUCCCACCCCCGCUCCGUAACAGCCUCCUACAACGAAGCCGCCGCCCACUGCCGCUUCAAAGUCGCUCAAAUCGUAGCCGAGUGCCGGCGGCGCAACCAGCGCUACCGCGACCCGCAUUUCGAUCUGGAUUUUGAUUUGAGGUCCAAUACGCGCGACUGUUUGGAGGCCGAGUUCAAGCCGCGGUCGGUGAAGAGGGUGGGGGAGAUAUUUGAGGAGCCGCGGUUUUUUAUUGACGGGCCGACGGCGAAUGAUGUGAGGCAGGGAAGGGAUGGGGAUUGUUGGUUGAUGGCGGCGUUGUGUACGCUGGGGAACAAGCCGAGUUUGAUUGAGAGGGUGUGUGUGGCGAGGGAUGAGGCGGUGGGGGUGUAUGGGUUUGUGUUUUGUAGGGAUGGGGAGUGGGUUAGUGAGAUUAUUGAUGAUCAUAAGCUCUACCUGGUCAAACCCGACUACGACGAGGCGCGCAUAGGCCAAAUCCGCAACGUGGAGCGGUUCGUGUGGGAGGACAUGACGCACGCCGAUUCGGAGGACAAGUACCGGCGCAUCUUCCAGUCCGGCAGCAGCGCGCUGUACUUUGCGCAGUGCGCCCACGACAACGAGACCUGGCUGCCGCUGCUCGAGAAGGCGUACGCUAAAGCCCACGGGGACUAUGCCGCUAUUGACGGGGGGUUUACGGGUGAGGGCAUUGAGGAUUUGACGGGGGGUGUUACGUCGGAGAUUUUUACGGCGGAUAUUUUGGAUACUGAACGCUUCUGGGAGGAGCUCAAGCAGGUCAAUGAGGAGUUUCUGUUUGGCUGCUUUACGGGUCUCUGGGGCCUCGGCUACGGCGAGCGCAAGGGCAUCCAGGAGGGUCACGCGUACUCGGUCAUGCGUGCGGUCGAGAUGGACGGCCAGCGACUCUUGCUGCUGAAGAAUCCGUGGGGCAAGGUCGAGUGGACUGGCCCGUGGAGCGACGGCUCAAAAGAAUGGACCCCCGACUGGCUCUCCAAACUAAACCACACCUUCGGCGACGACGGCGCCUUCUGGAUCUCCUACAAAGACCUCCUCCGCAAAUUCCAAUGCUUCGACCGCACCCGCCUCUUCAGCGCCAACUGGAAGGUCGCCUCCCUCUGGACCACCCUCAACGUCCCCUGGGCCCUCGAAUACCACGACACCAAGUUCACCUUCACCCUCGCCCGCCCGGGACCCGUCGUCAUCGUCUUUUCCCAACUCGACGAGCGCUAUUUCUACGGUCUUGAAGGGCCCUACCUUUUUGAGUUGGCUUUCCGUCUGCACCGCGCUGGGGAGGAGGAUUAUUUGGUCAGGACUUAUGCGACGUAUGCUAUGCGGCGGUCGUGUAAUGCUGAGUUGGAGCUGGAGGCGGGCGAGUACACGGUGGCCAUUAAAAUCGAGGCGUUUCGUUUGCGGGGCAGGUUGCCGGCUGAGACGGUGGUCAAGUACAACGCGCGGAACCGGCGGGAGAAGCUGUUGAGGGUCGGGAGAGCGUAUGAUCUGGCGCAUGCGAAGGCGAGGGUGGUGGAGACGGCGGAGGAGAAGGCCGCGAGGGAAAAGUAUUUUCGGUGGAGGCGGGAUACGAGAAAGGAGGCGCUGCGGUCGGCGCAUGAUGCGAAGGUGCAGAGGGAUCAUUAUUUUAGGAGGAAGGAGUGGUUGGCGAAGAUGAAGGAUGUGGAGUGGCAGAGGGAGGUGAAGAAGAAGCGGGAGGAGAGGUGGUUGGCGAAGAGGGAGGAGAGGCGGAGAGUUAAGGAGGAGGCCCAGAAGAACGAGGAAGAGAAGGAGGAGAACAGAGAGAAGAAGGAGAACAAGGAGAAGCAGGAGGAGAAGCAGGAGGAGAAGAAGGAGGAGAAGAAGGAGGAGAAGGGGGAGGAUGAAAAAGAAGAGAAAAAGGAAGAGAAGAAGACAGAAGAACCCCCAACAGAGGCCCUAGAUUCCGACAAACUAACCGAUACCAAAGCCGACACCAAAGCCGACACCAAAGCCGACACCAAAACCGUGGAAUCCGCAUCCACCGAACAAAGCAACCCAGGAAACCAUACCGAAUUGGAGUAUCAUUUACAGGCUAUUGAGCGGGAGGAGAGGGCUAUUAAUGGUAGUGCUGCAGGAGGUCGGCCGGGACCGCUGUUUGGAGGGGGUGACCGCCGUGGGGGUGGGAAGGGUGCGAGGGGGAAUGAUGCGGUGUUGGUUUUUGGGCCGGGGUAUGGAGAGGGGGGUGAUGGGGAUGGUGUUGGUCAGGGGGGUGGUGGGGAGGGUGGAAAUGGGGGAGGAGGUGGUGGUGGAUCGGGGAGUGGGAGGAGGGAGGCAGAGGCGUGGAAUGCGGUUGCGGUGGUUGGGUUGAGGGUUUAUUAUAAGGGGGUGGAGGGCGAGGAGAAACAGGAGGGGGAGAAACUGGGAGAGGAAGAGGAAGAGGUGGUGUUGAGGGUGGUGAGGCCGAAUCGGUGGGUGAUUGAUGAUGAGGAGGACGAGGCAAAGGUGAAGAAGGAUGGGAAGGGAGAGAAGAAGGGGGAGGGGGAGGAGCUGGAGGCGGAUGAGACGCAGGUGUUGGAUGUGGAUGAUAGUGCGAGGGAUGCUGUUGGUGUGCCGGUGUAG